AUGUAUCUGACACACGUCAGCUGUUAUGAAUCCUCAAGAAAAUUAGCUGACAUGAUGACUAUAGCAUUAGUGGUAGAACUAAUUUCUACCGUACUCUCAUUGUUAUGUCUACCAAUCAACAUCAUGUUCGUCUACGUUAUCUCAAAAGAGAGGUACCGAAUCUUGAUGGCAAUUCCGGCCAGCAAUUUGGACAUCUUGAUGUCCAUAUUCGCCACAAUCUUCUUCAAAUUUCCCAUAUUUGGCGUUUUUCCGGAGAGUUUCUAUGGAGAAAACUGGUCGAUGGUGCCAGUAGCAGGCGUCAACUAUCUCGGUCAUUCACAAGCUAUUGGCAUUAUAUUUAUAGCUAUCAACAGGUAA